AUGAUGCCAUUCUGCUCCUUUCCCAAACGCCGCGGUGAUAUGCUGGUCGCCGUCGCAAGCACCCCCCGGGCUUCGCCGCUGCCCACCAGACCACACAAGACCUGGUCCUUCCUGGGACUCCCCGGCUGCGACACGCCGCCUCCAGAGCACCUUUUGAGCCAAUUCUUCCCCGAAUAUCGCUCGGCCGAUUCCUUUCGGGACGAAAUCCGGAUGGCAGAAGAGUCGGAUUCCAGCCAGGACGAGUCCUUCAGCGAAGAGGAGGAAGAGAAGGCCCGGAUUCCGGUUGAAUCCCAACUCUUCCCUUCGCCCCUCCCGAUCCCGACCGUCAUUCUCAAGUCCAACCGCACUCCUCCUCCACCACCACACCCGCAGUCGCAACAGCGCCAGCAAGAGCAACACCAUCACGCAUGCCCCAGCUCGCUCUUCAGUAGCAACAACAGCAACGCCUCCAGGAGCAGUAGCAUCAGCAGCAUCAGCAGCCUCAGCAGCAUCAGUAGCCUCACAGGGCCUUCCUCCCCCAAGAUCCUCUUUCCCAACCGCACUCUCGUAACUCGUCACCAUCGGCCACACCGCCGCAGCCACCUACACGGCGCGUCGCGGCGUCGCCGUACAGCGUUACCUUGA